AUGUUUGUUCUCGACAGCCUAGCAGCAUCAUUUGUGAAGCCAUCCACAAAAAACGCAAUCGUGAAGAUGUGCGAUCUCCUACAAGAAAUUGAUCCUAAGCUAAAGCCCGAAGAAUGGAAUUUCUCUACAAACACACCACAGGACAUUCCGCAACAAUCAAAUUGUUAUGAUUGUGGCGUUUUUGUUUGUGCAUACGCUAGAUGCCUACUUUUGAAAUCGUCCCUGCCUGAUGACUUCACAAGCUUUCGAAAGCAUAUGGUUCUAGAGCUACAUGGCGGUAAAAUUCAAGGCUUUGACGAGUUACCUACACCGCAAGAGGAAACGUAUUAUGCAGUUGAAUAUCAGAAGUCGUUUUACAUUGGCCGUGUCCUUCAAAGAUCUGAUGAUUCACAUGCCAUGUACAAGUUUCUCCACAAAUGC